AUGCAAUAUAACUCGUUAAACAGUGAGCAUAUCACUGAAAAUAAUAGAUCAAGCAAAUGGUGGCAUCAUCGUCAUAUUCAAGUCAUCUGCAUCACUCUUAUCAUUUUAACAGUUAUAUUAAUUACCAUCUGUCUGAUCUUAAAAUUCGUCAUUCUUGUUCCAAAUAAGUCAGAAACCACUACCAUUACCACGACAACAUCACCAUUAACAAUAAUAACAACAACAACGCUACCAUCAACAACUACGACCACCGCUCAGCACUCAGGAUGGACUUAUGGUGGGAGAAUGCUAGGUGAACGAUACUACCACACAGCAUCCGUACUUGCCAAUGGAAAUGUGUUAAUUAUUGGUGGAUAUUAUGGUGGUUAUCGAAGUACUGCUGAGUUCUAUGAUCUAUCAACAGGAACUUGGAAAUUUGCUGGUAGCAUGAAAGAUGCAAGAUAUCGUCACACAGCAUCCAUUUUAAUGAAUGGAAAAGUGUUAAUUGCUGGCGGAUCGAACAGUAGCACUUAUCUAAGCAGUGCAUUAUUGUACGACCCAAUUACAGGAAAUUGGACCGCCACUGGUAACAUGAAUAACUCUCGAAAUUCACACACAGCAUCAUUAUUAAUAAAUGGAAAAGUGCUAGUUACUGGUGGAAUUCAUGGUCUUGCUCUGAAUAGUUCUGAAUUAUAUGAUCCUACAACAGGAACUUGGACAACUACUGGUAGUUUGAAUUAUGCACGAUUUUAUCACACAGCAUCCAUAUUAACAAAUGGAAAAGUGUUAGUUACUGGUGGAUUGAAUAAUGAUGCUCUAAAUAGUGCUGAGUUGUAUGAUCCAUCAACAGAAACUUGGACGAUUACUGGUAGAAUGAAUAGCGAACGAUAUUAUCACACAGCAUCCAUAUUAACAGAUGGGAAAGUGUUAGUUACUGGUGGAUAUUAUGCUGGCACUUUAAAUGAUGCUGAAUUGUAUGAUCCAUCAACAGAAACUUGGACAAUUGUUAGUAGAAUGAAAAAUGCACGAGAGGGACAUACAGCAUCUCUAUUAACAGAUGGAAAAGUAUUAGUAGCUGGUGGAAAGAACGGUAAUUAUGAUUAUCUAAAUAGCUCUGAAUUGUAUGAUCCAUCAACAGGAACUUGGGCAAUGACUUAUAGCAUGAAUCAUGCACGAUGUUAUCACACAGCGUCCGUAUUAACAAAUGGAAAAGUAUUGUCAGAAACCACUACCAUUACCACGACAACAUCACCAUUAACAAUAAUAACAACUACAUCAUCACUGACAACAAUAACAACGACAACAACACUAGUAUCGACAACUACGACUACCGCUCAACAAUCAAAAUGGUCUAAUACUAGUAACUUGAAUCAAGCAAGAUCGGGACACACAGCAUCCGUAUUGGGAAAUGGAAAAGUAUUGGUUAGUGGUGGAUAUAAGAGUGGUGCCCAAACUAGUGCCGAAUUGUAUGAUCCAUCAACAGACACUUGGAAAACUACUAGUAACAUGACUUAUGCACGGUAUCAUCACACAGCAACCGUAUUAACGAAUGGAAAAGUGUUAGUUUCUGGUGGAACGAAUGAUAGUGCCUUAAAUACUGCUGAGUUGUAUGAUCCAUCAACAGGAACUUGGACAACUACUGGUAACAUGAAUUAUGUACGGUAUUAUCACACAUCAUCCUUAUUAACAAAUGGAAAAGUGCUAGUCACGGGUGGAGAUACUAAUGUUAGGGCUCUAAAUACUACUGAGUUGUAUGAUCCAUCAACAGAAACUUGGACAACUACUACUAACAUGAAUUAUCCACGACGUUAUCAUACAGCAUCCAUAUUAACAGAUGGAAAAGUGUUAGUUGCAGGUGGAGAUAGUGAUGGUGCUGGAAAUAUAGCUGAAUUCUAUGAUUUAUCAUCAGGAACUUGGACAAUUACUGAUACUAUGGUUAACGGCCGAUAUUUUCACAUAGCAGCCGUACUAACAAAUGGGAAAGUAUUAGUUAGUGGUGGAUUUAAUGCUGGUGCUCUUAAUAAGGCUGAAUUAUAUGAUCCAUUAACAAGAACUUGGACUUCUACUAAUAGAAUGAAUUAUGCACGAUAUCAUCUCAGAGCUUCGGUAUUAACGAAUGGAAAAGUGUUAGUUACUGGUGGAAAUGCUGGUCGGGAUCUAAAUAGUGCUGAAUUGUAUGAUCCGUCAACAGAAACUUGGAUAAUUACUGGGUAUCGUGACUAUGAUCAACCUGUUCGGAAAGUCACAGAUUUUUCUGGAUACACUACUGAUAUGAAUAAAAUCUCAACAUUUCUUAAAAAUCUAAGACCAGAUGGUGGAGGAGAUACUCCAGAAGCAACAAAAACAGCAUUAAAUAAAGCAUUAGAUAUGAAUUUAGUUGAUUCUAAUACGGUAGUAGUGAUUUAUACCGAUGCACCACCACAUCAUCAAACGACUGGCGGUUCUUAUUGGAAUCUUGAAAAACAAUAUAUUUAA